GUGUCCUCUUGUGUGUCCAAACAGAAACAGCUGGGGGCGACACAGAGUGAAAUUUGGAGGAGACUUGAAGAGAAAGAGAAGAAACUGAGAGAGACGAGAAGGACAGUGGAGGAGAUGAAGUUUUCUGUGAAACAAAAGAUGGAGGAAUAUGACAAGAGUUUCACUGUUCUGAUUCACUGCAUUAAGAAAGCCCAUAAGACACUGACUGAGAAGAUCAGUGAACAAGAAAAGAUUGAAAUGGAGAAGGCUGAAGGAGUCACAGAGCAACUGGAGAAGGAGAUUGAGGAGCUGAAGAGGAGAGAAGCUGAGCUGAAGGAGCUUUCAGAGACCAAUGACCAUCUCCACUUCCUACAGACUUUCUCAUCUUGCUGUGUCCUUCCUGCUGAUGGAGACUCACUGAGCUUCACUGUUAAGGCUGACUUUUCUUCUGAGGACCUGCUAAAGGAGCUGUCAUGUCUGAAAAAGAGGCUGGAGAAGAUCAGCCAGUGGGACAUCCUGACAUGGACUCCACCAGGCCGUGAAGCUCCAAUCUUCACCCUACAGCCUCCUGAACCUCAGAGAAGACAAGAGUUUUUACAAUACUUCUGUCCCAUCACACUGGAUAUCAACACGGCACACAGAGAGCUCCGUCUGUCUGAAGGGAACAAGAAGGUGAGAUAUGAGGAGACAUGGUCUGAAUAUCCUGAUCAUCCUGACAGAUUUGACCACUGGACUCAGGUUCUGUGCAGAGAGGCUCUGACUGGAACUCGCUGUUACUGGGAGGUGACGUGCAGAGGAUACUUCAUGGAGAUUGGAGUUGCAUAUAAAGGACUGAGCAGGAAAGGAGAGGGAGAUGACUGCAGCCUUGGAUGCAAUAACAAGUCCUGGUGUUUGCGGUGGUCUCAUUCUCAGUACUUUGUGUUUCACAAUAACAAGUGGACAGCAAUCAGCGCCCCCUACAGCCCCAGAAUAGGUGUGUAUCUGGAUUGGCCUGCUGGCUCUUUGUCAUUUUAUAGCGUCUCACACACAAUGACCCUCCUGCACAGGUUCAACACCUCCUUCACUGAGCCCCUGUAUCCAGGGUUUUAUCUUAAUGAUUACUCCAGUAUAACAAUCAGCCACUGACCACUGACCAGAACCAUCCACCAGUCACUUGAUGUCCCCACAAGCUAAGGUCUUCUUUGUAUUUGUAGUUUGGGGUCAAAAUUAAUUUUACAAAUGGGUAGGUUUGGGGGCAGCACCUCUGUGAUUUAAUUUGUGGAUGAGAAUGCAGCCGAGUGCAGCUGUCUGGGUCUCCAUUAUUAUUGGGUUUGAGUAGCCAAUCAGAUGUUUGUGUCAUAAUGAGGGGCGGAGACACCUCAGACAUACAAAUACCAGUCUGAACAGCAUGGGUCACUGUUGAUUCACAGCCACAUGUCCUUCAGGCUGACACCCCAACAACUACUGAGGCCCCCAAGUGUCACUGAAUGUCACCUGUUAAGUAGGACAGGCAUGUGGUCCUGCUGGAUCAGCACAACUGAAAGGCGCUAUACAGACUCAGUAUGGAGAGCUCUUGAAUAGUGACUAUAUGUAGGAGCAGAGAGUGACAGAUGGGACUGGAGUGUUGUCCACUCACCAGACAUUUUGUGACCCCCCAUUGGUCACUCAAAGGGUCCUUCACUUCAGAAUGAAUUCACUGUGAAUGUCUGAAGACAAGGACUCACCGGUCAGUCAGAUGUCAGCCAUACUGACAGUUUGGUGUUUUCGUUAAUGUCACAUUAAACUUUAAACUGCACCUCCUACUUGUCACCAGAUUUGUCACUCUUGGUACCCUGAAAGCUCCAGCAUCUUCACAAAAUUAAUUCUUGGUCAGUUGGCACACACUUGACAUGGGUGCACAUGUGUGGCUUUGCAGUGGACUGGCACCUCGUCCAGGGUUGGCCCACCAUGUCCACAAACCUAAAAUUGAAAACGGAUAAGGAAGACAACGAAUGGACAGAAGGGGUCACUGAUUGGUCAGUCGCCAAACUACUGCCUCUUGUGGCCACUCUAAAUUUUACACAGCAAUUUAUACUAAAAGGAAAUCUAAAAGAUAAAAGCAGAAAGCAUUUAGUGAAAUCCUGAGCAGUGAAACAUGAAAGGAGAGAAUGAGAAACAAUCAGAGAGUCAGACGAAUGGAGACUUUAACAGGAGGACUGAGGGGUGGGACUGAAGUGCAGUGGCGCCCUCUAGUGGACACCCGCCAUAUUACACACAUGGGAAAGGUCAGCAGUGAAGGGGGGAGAACAGAAUACAGUGCAGUGGAAAAGAAAUAAGAAUAAAGUAAAAACACAAGAAUAAAACACCUGAAAUAAAGAACUUUGAAUAUUAUAUCUAAAACUAAUUAAGAUUUAAAUGAAUUAAGAGCAAAAUAAGGGUGACACAUCACACAGUCACAUGACCUUCAGAGCUGACAGGUGAGCUGAUUCUUCUGUAGCCAAACUGCCCCCUCUAGUGGCCACUCUCAAUAUUAAAUGAAUGGCAAGGCUGAGGGAGAGGAAAGAUUUUGGUUUGAUUAAAUGGAUAUUUAGUGCAGAUUUCUUAAUAUUGUCAUUAGCUUUAAGGACAGUGUAGCCUUGUUAGGUAAUGGAAGAUUCUCUAUGGGAAAAGAACAUUUAUUUGAAUUAAUCUUUUUAAUAAUCUUUAUGUAUUUACAAAAUUUCUAAUCUAAUAAUUGUUUACAUUUUGUAUAAUAAACUCCCAAUGGUGUUUGUUGAAUAAACAAUAAGGAUGACUGA